AUAGAAAAGUAACCGUUGGUUCGGUUCGCGCUACCCGCUAUGAGCUGAUUGCGAAAUGCACACCGACUUUUCCAAGACACAUACAGUCCACGAGACUGCCAAACAAAGAUCUACACUUGUUUUCUUAAUUUUUCUAUCAAUGGCGGCGCUGCUCUCAUCUUCAGUUUCAGCCAGCGCUCUCUCGCUAUUCAAAUCUAAUCCACACUUUACCAAGGAAGGUUCCAGAAAACGCUCAAUCUCACUGUCUGCUUCCUCAGCAGAGGCUUCUCAAGAAUCACAAUCAACUGAAAAGUUUGGAGUUUCGGCAAAAGGGAAAGCGCCCUUUGUUGAGCCGCCGGAGUUGCCCUAUAAUUAUACCCUCGCCAAUCCGAAUGGAAGCUCGGUCGUACAAUUUGUACAAUCUACCGAGUCCAAUAUUGAGAGGGUCAUAUUUGAUUUCCGGUUUUUGGCACUCCUAGCAGUUGCCGGUUCAUUGGCUGGCUCGGUGCUGUGCUUUCUCAAUGGAUGCGUCUACAUAUUUGAUGCGUACAAAGUAUACUGGACGAGCUGUGUUAAAGGGGUCCAUUCCGGCCAAAUGGUUCUACGACUAGUUGAAGCCAUUGAUGUAUAUCUUGCCGGGACUGUCAUGUUAAUAUUUGGGAUGGGGUUGUACGGACUCUUCAUUUCAAAUGUGCCCCCGAAUGUCCCUGCAGCUUCUGACCGCGCGCUCAAGGGAUCUUCCUUGUUCGGCAUGUUUGCUUUGAAGGAGAGGCCAAAGUGGAUGAAGAUCAGCUCACUGAACGAGCUGAAGACGAAAGUCGGGCAUGUGAUAGUGAUGAUCCUACUGGUGAAGAUGUUUGAAAGGAGCAAGAUGGUAACCAUAACAACCGGUUUCGACCUACUAACCUACUCGGUGUGUAUAUUCUUGUCUUCGGCUUCCUUGUACAUCCUCCACAAUCUACAUAGAUCGGAAAACGAUUAGCUCACUCACAACCUCUAGUUGUAUAUUGCACCUCAAACAUACGGGAUAUAUGUAAUGUGUAUAUAUCAUCAAUAUUUCUAUCUAUGUAUACCUGCUCUGUGUUUGGAGCGGAUUUAUUGUGAUUUUUACUCA